GGAAAUGCGUGUCAUCGGCAUCGAGGAGGAGGUCGGACAGAGCCCGUGAGAUCUCGGCGAUAUUUCCCCACACAAACCGCGAAAAUGGCGAGUGUUUCCUACCACAUCGCCAAUCUUCUGGAGAAGAUGACCAGCACAGACAAAGAUUAUCGUUUUAUGGCCACAAAUGAUUUGAUGACAGAAUUACAAAAAGAUUCAAUCAAGUUAGAUGAUGACUCCGAGCGCAAAGUUGUCAGAAUGUUGCUCAGGUUAUUGGAGGAUAAGAACGGGGAGGUGCAGAACCUGGCUGUCAAGUGUUUGGGGCCAUUGGUAAACAAAGUGAAAGAGUUCCAUGUGUAUUCUAUCGUGGAGUCAUUGUGCGACCACAUGGUGAGCGAACGGGAGCAGCUACGAGACAUGUCCUCAUUGGCCCUUAAGACUGUCAUAAAUGAACUUCCGGCAUCAUCGACAGCGCUAGUGGCCAACAUCUGCAAGAGAGUUACCGACAGAUUAUCAGAGGCUAUUGUCAGGCAAGAAGAUGUAAGUGUCCAACUGGAGGCUCUAGACAUCUUGGGCGACCUUCUAGCGCGCUUCGGCUCUCUUCUUAUCUCCUUCCAUCCUAAUAUAUUAGAUGCGCUGCUACCACAGCUGGCUUCGCCCCGUCUCGCCGUCAGAAAGCGUACAAUAGUUGCCCUUAGUCACCUGGUGGUGUCAUGUUCGCCGCAGAUAUAUGCAAGACUUAUGGAUUUUUUGAUUGAUGAACUAGCUAAGAACUCGUCAAUGUCUACCACGAGAACGUAUAUCCAGUGUAUCGCGGCAAUUAGUCGGCAGGCAGGUCACAGGUUUGGAGAGUACUUGGAGCGCGUGAUGCCGCUGAUUGUUCAGUAUGUUGCGGUGGAUGAUGAUGAACUGCGCGAGUAUUGCAUUUCUGCGUGCGAAGCCUUCACACUCCGCUGCCCUAAGGAAAUCACUCAUCAUCUACCUACAAUAGUUGAAAUGUGCCUCAAGUAUAUUACACACGACCCCAACUACAAUUACGACGACUACGAAGAUGACGAAGGUCAGAUGGACAUGGACGAAGACGACGAUGGCGAGGAGGAUGAUGAAUAUUCUGACGACGACGACAUGUCGUGGAAGGUACGUCGCUCAUCAGCAAAGUGCUUGGAAGCCGUAAUCUCAACCAGACACGAGAUGCUGAUUGAAUUUUACAAGACAGUGUCUCCUCAGCUCAUUACCAGGUUUAAAGAGCGAGAAGAAAAUGUGAAGGUGGACAUCUUCCAUGCGUAUAUGGCUCUCUUGCGUCAGACUCGGCCAUCCCUCAGCCUCAGCCUUGACCCAGAUGCCAUGGAGCAGGAAGAAGGUACCAUCUCCAUGCUAAAGCAACAGGUGCCAGCUUUGGUGAAGUCUGUUCACAGACAAAUGAGAGAGAAGAGCAUCAAGACCCGUCAGGGAUGUUUUGCGCUGCUGACAGAGUUGGUACAAGUGUAUCCUGGAGCUCUGACUCAUCACAUACCUGUGCUUAUUCCUGGCAUUCAGUUCUCACUUGGUGAUAAGAACAGCAGCAGUAAUAUGAAGAUCGACACGUUGGCCUUCGUGCAUUGCUUGUUAAUACACCACAGUGGGGAAGUGUUUCAUCCUCACAUUGGUGAGCUACUGCCUCCGGUGGUGACGUGCGUAGCCGAUCCAUUUUACAAGAUCACAGCCGAGGCGCUACUUGUGCUGCAGCAGAUUGUCAAGGUCAUCAGACCUCUAGAUUUGGCGUCGUCGUUUGACUUCACUCCGUACACGGGUGACCUGUAUCAUUGCACGUUAGCAAGAUUACGGGCCGCGGAUCUGGACCAGGAAGUGAAGGAACGCGCCAUUGCUUGCAUGGGACAGAUCAUCUCGCACCUUGGUGACCACUUACAGGGUGAACUUGGGACUUGUCUACCUAUCUUCUUGGACCGAUUACGGAACGAGAUCACUCGCCUCACUACAGUUAAGGCCCUGACCAAGGUGGCAGCUUCUCCUCUCCGUAUUGACCUGAGGCCAAUCCUUGGUGAUGCUCUGCCAGUAUUAGCCUCAUUCUUACGCAAGAAUCAGAGGGCAUUAAAGUUAGCAACGUUGACGCUCCUAGAUACGCUAGUCACUAAUUAUUCCUCGUCUCUCAGUCCGCAGAUGCUUGACAAGGUGCUGGUCGAGUUGCCGCCGUUAAUCAACGAAUCCGACCUUCACAUCGCUCAACUAUGCCUCACUCUCCUUACAUCAACGGCCAAGCUACACAAAUCCUCUCUAGCAAAUUUCCUGCAGCUCAUAAUGCCUGAUGUCAUGGCUCUUGUCAGAUCCCCACUUCUACAAGGUGGAGCAUUGAAAGCUAUGCAAGAUCUCUUUGAAGCGGUAGUGUGUGCGGGUGUUCAGGGUCUCGGCUACCAGGACAUCCUCAACCACCUCCUUGCACCUCUCGUCUCCCCUCAGGCUGCAAAUAUUCACAAGCAGGCAUACCACUCAAUGGCUAAGUGUGUGGCAGCUCUUACCCUCACGCACACUAGUGAAGCAGUCGGUGUCGUCGACAGAUUCCUGAUGGACGUCACGAAUCCUCGGUCGCCGACAGUCCAGUCCUUCUCUCUUCUUGCCAUUGGAGAAAUUGGAAAACAUAUUGACCUCAGCAGUAUCCCCCAGCUGAAAGAUGCAGUUGUUGCAUCGUUCAGCUCUCCCUCUGAGGAAGUUAAAUCCGCAGCUUCUUACGCCCUCGGUCACUUGAGUUGUGGGAACUUACAGGAAUACCUGCCAUUUGUCUUAUCAGAAAUAGAAGCUAAUCCUAAAAGGCAAUAUCUUCUCUUGCAUUCAUUAAAAGAGAUCAUUAGCCUACAAAGCAAGAGUGUGGAAGGUGUCAAGGUUCUUCAGGGUUUUGUGAGCGACAUCUGGACGCAGCUCUUCCGGCACACAGAAUGCGUCGAGGAGGGAACUCGUAAUGUCGUAGCUGAAUGUUUAGGCAAAUUAACUCUCAUAAACCCAUCUGCUCUUCUUCCUAAGUUGCAAGAAUCGUUAAAAACAGACUCACCAAUGAUGAGAACCACAAUUGUUACCGCCAUCAAAUUUACCAUAUCAGAUCAGCCCACAGCUAUUGAUGGCCUCCUCCGACACUGUAUUGGAGACUUUUUGUCGACGCUUCAAGAUCCCGAUCUCAAUGUUCGCCGUGUAGCUCUUGUUGCCUUUAACUCGGCAGCCCACAAUAAACCCUCUCUCGUUCGUGACCUCCUCGACACUAUUCUUCCACAACUUUACAAUGAAACUAAAGUUCGGAAAGAGUUGAUACGUGAAGUAGAAAUGGGUCCGUUUAAACACACUGUUGAUGACGGAUUAGAUAUUCGUAAGGCUGCAUUUGAAUGCAUGUACACACUCCUCGAAACGUGUUUAGAUCGCGUCGAUAUUUAUGUAUUCUUGGAACACGUGGAAGGCGGUCUGCGGGACCACUACGACAUCAAGAUGCUCACCUACCUAAUGCUGACUCGGCUGGCUCACUUGUGUCCUCAGGCUGUCUUACAAAGACUUGAGAGAUUAGUUGAACCACUCCGCACAACUGUGACAACUAAGGUAAAAGCAAAUUCAGUUAAGCAGGAAUAUGAGAAGCAGGACGAGUUGAAGCGGUCGGCCAUGAGAGCCGUUGCGGCUCUCCUCACCAUCCCAGAUGCCGACAAAAAUCCCCAGUUGUCUGAAUUUGUUGCUCACAUCAAGUCUACUCCAGAACUACAAUCUCUCUUCGAGUCAAUCCAGCGGGAUGCCUGCCCUACACACGAUGCCAUGAUGGAUUUGAGUUGAAUGACGCUGUAACUUGUGUGAGGUGUUAAUGAUGCUGGGUCAGACUUUUAUUGAAUUUAAAUGUGCAUACAAGGUUACUCUUGAAUUUGAAAUAGAAUGAGAAACCGUAUGCAUGUUGUCAAAAUGGAUCCAGGUCGAGUGAAACUGUGCAUUUAUGCUGCAUGAUUUAUACAGUUGACAUGCAUAUGUUUCUCUUGUGUUGUCCAUGUUGGAUUCACAAUGAAUAAGGCAGAGUCAAGUUAUAUAAAUAAAUCUUUAUGACGCAUCUGUUUGCAGUUUGCUGAGCAGGUUGUUCUUGUGAUACAAUUACCUGAACUAAUUCAGCAGGAAUUAUUUUGUUAAAAGAUGAUUUGGUUGAAAAACUGUGAAGUCCCACAUUGUUGUUAUGGCCAUUUGGCAACUUCAGUAUUCACCACCUAUUGUCUUCAUUUGUUUGGAAAUCUUCCUGGUGAAUCCUUAGCUCUGGCCUAGAAGGAAAAAUGUAAAAACAAUGCAUUAAUGAAAAUAAAAAGUUAGUAGCAAGAAUUAGUUGACAAAUGUACAGUUGACAGCUUCAGUACUGAUAUGAACUCCUCUGUGUGAAAUAUUUACCUUUCGGGCCCUUUGGAGGUGAGCUUUCCUAGAUACCAUCUUGGAUGCAGGUUGGCUGAUGUACAGCAAAUUAAGCUAUAUAAAGCACCAAGAAGCCUGUGAUGAUCCCAGCUUGCUGUGUGCUAGAAUGUAUCUGUAGCCUUUUUAUUAAUCCUUAUUUUGUAUUCGUUUGCCUUGGUUUAUUGCCCGAAAUUACGAGAUUCAAUGAGGCAGCAAUGAUUCUAAUUUACUUAAAAAAUCGUUUCAGAUUAGGAAAUUUACUGAUGUGAACAUUUAAAGUGAACCAGUUCAAUAACAGUGGUUGAUACCUAAAAAUGGUGGGCAUUACUUGCAGUAAUGUUGACAAAUACUUGGAGCAUGAUAGUUACAACUCAGGUGUCACCUCCUGUGUUGGCUGCACUCAUCUCGCUCCCAAAUGCUAUCCUUAAACUUUAAACACACUGUAAAUCUAUUUCUGAUGACUGAAUUUUUUCCUUCCUGUUUUUUUUGUUUUGCAAAAGUUGACAUCUUAAUCCUCAAAAGUAUCUUGGACCUUAAUUUCCCAUCCAGUUUCUCUGUUUGAUGUUGGUAAUUGGUCUGUUUAUAUCUACAUUUAUUACUUGUAAUAUAGUAUGAACUUUC